AUGGCGGAAACUUUAGCGGCUAUGUUGGCACGGUAUGCGAAGGAUAGGGGACUAACGCAGGAUACUGGGGAUUUUCAGGCUGCUUUAUGGGAAGAUAUACAAACACAACUUGGGCUUUUUAUUACGGAUAUGAACGAUGAUAGUCAGUACGACAAUGCUAAGAACUGUGAGAAUGCAUACUGGGAGCAUCCAAUAGAUGACGGACAGCCGAACCAACCACAAAGGGAAAUGAGCAGGCGCACAGAAAGAGUUAUAUGCAGACUCAUGACGCAAGCGCUAUAUUUUGCACAUGCGUGGAGCAGUGAGGUAAAGCAGAACGUAGGCCACGAUCACCAAAAUAAGGAGAUAAAGGGGUUAAUGAGAUGCACGAUUGUGGACGUAUAUAACGAGAUACUGAGGACAUAUGGAUGCGAGGGUUGGUGGGGCACAUAUUAUGCAUGGUACACAACACAGAUAAUUUGGGAUGCGUUAAAAGAACAAUUGGGGGAAGACCAUUGUAAGCGCGGUAUGUACAGGGAUAUCAAUUUACGGAACUGGCCCAUGAGGAAUAAGAUGCAGACAUGGUUAAAACAGAACAAACAGAUGAAGGAGAAACUUGCACAGGAACAAAUAAGCGAUGGGUGUAAGGGAGCACAGGUAAAGCUAGAGGUCGGACCGAGACAGCAGGAACAGCAAAAGGACAAAGACAACCAAACGAAACAUGACGUAAAGCAGCAGGUUGCAGGAAUUUUGAAAGACCUGGAGGAACAGAUGCAGAACGAGGAGAAACAAUUGAGCGGGUCCACUGGGCCAGCACCCCCGGAUCCUGAUGUGCACGACGAAGACGACAAGAAUGCUGAAGACAUCGAGCAAAAAAUACAAAAAGAAAUCGAGGAAGUGGAAGACCAAUUAAAAAAAGUGAUCGCGCAGACUGCCGCUGCACAAGCAGCCGCCGCCAAAGCAGCAGCGACCACACCGGUGGUAACAACACCGGGACCGACAGUAGCAAGAUCAGAGGACGUUGCGGAAACACCAUCACCACCUCCAGCGCCGGCAUCUCCAGAGCAGGCACCAUCAGGACCACCAAAGGAACCACCGGCCGCAGCGGCAGGUGGGCAACAACCAGGUCAGGGACCUGGACCUGGACAACAACCCCCCCCACCUCCACCACCUUCACCUCCUAAACCCACACAAGAGGGCCCGGACGCGCAUUCACCAACGUCAAAAGCAGAUUCAUCUGCGGAAGGAACCUCAAAGGGCAAAGGUAAGACAUUAAGGGACUCGAAGAAAAAAACUGAGGAGAACAAAGAGAAAUGCAGUGAGGAUCAGACUGACCAUGACAAGGUUCUUGAUUGUCUUCAGAAGCAGGAGGACCUUGCAAACGCAGGGACAGGAGUGAACCAACCGGACGGCUCCGAAAAAUACGACGGAAAGGGUCCUGUGGGUCUCCCUGCUAGUUCCCGCACGAUCAGAAUAUCCGCAGGGACGUCUCCUGAAGUUUCACAAGUACCCCCAGGCGAUGCCGUCAUCGAUGGCGGCAACGAUGACCCCCCUCCUCUCAAUCCACCCAAACCAAAACCGAACCCGAACCCAAAUCAAUCGGGUAGUAGUGGCAGUUUCAGUGAUGCUGAUUUGGCGGAUGGAGUUUCUGGUGGGGAAGUAACGGCAGGUGGUAGUGGUGGUGGAGGAGGUGGUAGUGGUGGUGGAGGAGGUAGUAGUGGUGGAGGUGGUGGUAGUCAGUUAACCUCUGGCUCCAGUAAUCAGAAUGAUCAGGACACAGGGAAUACUACCCAGGGGGGCACUAAGCAGUUCGAACUUGACCUCGCUUCACCUGCACUCAACAUAGAAGGUGCCACAGGAGGAUUCGUACCACCGGUUCCAGCAGAUGGAGAAGUCAGUUCAUCCGGUCCAAACAACUUAAACCCGGAACCCAGUCUCUGCAUCCUGCGAACUUUGAGAAAGGAACAUAUAAUAUUGGUAUUUGGCAAUUACAGUAUCAUGGCGAAUAGUCAGCCAGGUGUGGCGGAUUUCACACAGCACCUUAGGAAAUGGUUCGAACGAAGAAAACUGCGGACGCACCAAGAAUACAGUGAGAAACUAUGGAUAGAUAUACACACUCUGUUCCAAGUGUUAGCCACAAGUAUAAACAGCAGGGAUACUUCCCGCGACGCCGUGUGCGAAACAGCAAACCCAGACUGGACGUUCAAGAAAAACAGGGCGCAAUUACUGGUCUGCCGGCGUAUUGUAAACAUAUUUUUAUUUAUGGAUAGGAGACAUAAUUCUGGGGGAAAAUGGGAAACGCUGCGUAUAUUUCCGCAGGAUGCGGACUUUGAGGAUUAUGUUCGGUGUAUGGUUGGGAACAUUGCUAUGGCGGAAUUGUUUAAGAAUAAUUGUAGCGCAGGGGAAAUUAUUGCAGCGGUAGCCACGCACAUGGACAUGCUCAGGGCGUUGAGUGCACAUAGUGACGGAAGUAAACUUUGCAAGGAAAUGGGAUACGAGACUCUAAUGGUUGGAUCGAAGUUUGUUGCAGCCACUAUGGCAAGGUGGAUACAACGGUGGAAACUGAAGUUUGGGGGAGGAAGUAUUGAAGGGACAGCACAAGGAAUGUGUCAGGCAGGGCCACAACAUGGGGCACGGGGCAGGGACCCAGGAAUACAAAGCGAGAGCAGUAUACCGGCUGCUAGAAUGUUUAACAAGCAGGAUAACCUAGUACUAACGCAGUUAGUCGAACAAGGGCAGGAUUUGGAACCGGAGAAGAAGAAGCAACUAGUGCAACAAUUAACGGAAAACAGCGAACAGGACGGAGUAUUCGCCGAUAUAAUGGGCAAGAUAACGGCCGCUGAGGAGAAAGUUAGCGCGCGCAGUGACAUCCGGAAAGACAGCACAGCCGACCCAUGCAUCGACCCACUGCAUCCGCAACUGUACAUGAAAAAACCGUUAACCGCUCAAACAUGGAUACUGAUCCUGGCAUUAGUCAUAGAAGAAUGCAAGGUCGAGAGUAGUAUGCAACAGAAGGAGUUAUAUGUAGAUGAACUACUGGACAAGCUCUGA